AUAUGAUCACAAUAGACGUAGCAUUUCCGCUUGAUUGUAUUCAUGCAGCUUAUAAAUAUUUGGUUACAGUUCCUCACGGUCAAAAAAUUAUUACCGUCUGUCAUACAACCACAACAAUGUUCAAAUUAUCGCUGCUUGUACUUUUUAUGUCAGUGAAGUAUAUUUCAAGUUAUGGGAAUGGCGCACCGCCCAAGAGUUGUAAAAGAAUGCUGCCAGGCCACAUUUCCAGCAUCGGGUUCCCUGAGCGAAGACAAAGUCCUGCAAGCAAUCCGUACAUUCUUAACGUAACUUUGAUUAAGAGUAAGAAUAUGUUCAUGGUUUCCAUUGAUGGGCCAGAACUGCAAGGCUUUUUGCUUCAAGCCAGACACAGAAAAGAUGGUCGAGCCGUCGGUAGAUUCGUCGAUUUACAGGAAGACGUCAAAUAUCAAAAUUGCCAGGCGAGUAAGUGAGUCCGUUGAAGUACUGGUGGUUGUUAAAAAUGCUAUUGGAUAUUAUGCGGAUGGUUUCGUCAACAGAAAGGAUUACAGCUAUCGAUGAUUGGCCAAUCAAAGUUAAUCGUUCAAAAUCAACAUUUCAAAUUAGUGCUUGACUUUCAAAUGGUUUACUACAUGGAAUAACUGCACCUAGCAAUAUAAGUGAGUGAAAGUUAGCACGUGUAUUGCCAUUCAGCAUCAUUUUUGUGUCUUUCAAAGAAUAUCAAGCUUUAGAAACAAUGUACGCGUUAACAAUGCUGUUACUUUUAACAUCUGUGAAACACAAUUUGAGUUCUUCUAAUGGUGCUCCAUUCCGAAGUUGCCAAACCAUGACGCCGAGACAUUUCCAAUUUGGAUCACCAGUGGAAGGUGAAACAAUUCCUAGUCCAUACACACUCAACGCAGCAUGGGAUAAUGGUCUUAAAAUGUUUAAAGUUUCAGUUGGUGGCUCGGAAUUUCAAGGAUUUUUACUUCAAGCCAGAGUUAAGAUCAAUGAUAGUGCGAUUGGGAGCUUUGUAAAUAUCAAUCAAUCAGUUGCUCAGCAUCAAGAUUGCUCAGCGGAUCAGUUUGAUCCACGGUCGAGCAUUACGCACACGAGCAGUUCUAGUAAGAAAAAUCUAGUUUUCUUUUGGCAACCACCGCCACGCAUGGACAGGACGCGGAAUGUGACGUUUUACGCAACACUUGCUCAGUCCAAGGAGGUCUUUUGGGUGAUGCAACCAAGUAACUCGAUCAGCCUAAAUAUCGUGGACGAUAUAAGUUCUAGCAUAAAUAGUAGUAUAGAAUCAAUGACAACAAUGGGUACGACACAAGCAGUUAAUACGGCGUACAGCACAAAACCAACCAGGAAAAUUGCAACAACCACUAACUCCAUAACGACCACUGUCUCCAUAACAACCACUGAUACCGCGUCGACCAUGCAUAAUUUUGGAUUCGAAUUCUUAUGUAUUCUGUCGAUGAUUGCUUCAAAAGCAAUUGUUUGAUCAUGGUCAAAGUGCCUUAGCCAGUUGACGGAGGAUUUCUUCUUAAACAUUGAAAUACUGCCCACAUUCAGUUCUUGUAAAUUUAAUAAAUUGCCUAGAUUGAUCUUUAAUUUGUAAGCCCUUAUUAACCGAGUGCAACGUUUUUACGGAAAAAUAUCGGAUCGAAGUUUUUUGAACAGACCGAGUCCGACAGAGGUAUUUCUCAGUAAAUACAGAAAAGCGAGUGUAAUAAAAGGUUUGUUAAUAUUGUAUGGCAUUAUUUUACCUGAAACGAGGCUUUUUUUCCUUCUCGUCCUCGCUGUUAUAACGAGUUUUUGGGUUUGUUACGUUUCGUGAUGUAGCAAUAUACCAUUUUGACUUACACAGACAAAUAGAGAUGUCCCAGAUUACUAUACGAUUAUUUUUAUUGUUCAACGUCUAUUUAAACUACUUGAAUUUAAACAAAGUAUUACGUAAGGGUAAGUAUCAUUAUUGCUUCCACAACAGUCGAAUAGGUAACGAAGCUUAGGGUACUGAUAUUGAAAUGUAUUUUCAUUAGUUUUUAGUCUCAGAUAAACAAAAAUACAACAGGUAAAUAAUUCAUAUUAAAAUAUUUGAUAAGUUUAAGUUAAAUAUAAACAGUGCUCUUCUCGCUGAUGGAAUUUAGUCUUCCGAUCUCACUGCCAUUGAAUUUUGUAUUUUGUAUUUACGUCCGUUUUACCCUACAUUUUACAAGUUUUCUUUUGUUUUUGGUGGGUUUUUUUUGCUAUCCUGCAUACGGUGUUUUGCUAGUUGUUAUUUGGUAACCUUAAAAACAUGGUUAAGAAUGAGGACGGGGAUGGUGCGAAGCCUAAAAGUAAUUCCAAACCUCAACUAAAUGACGAAGUGCUCACGAAGGUUGUGAUCCGUAGACUGCCACCAAAUCUUGACCAAAACCUUUUCCUUCAAACUCUGAAUGAUAUCUUCCCAGAAGGGCCACCUGAGCAUGAUUACUUCAAGUUUUGUGGUAGUGAUCUAAGUUUCUCUCCUGUUCCUUUUUCGCGGGCGUACAUUAACUUCAAAAAUGUAAAGGACAUUUUGGCGUUCAAGGAAAGACUUGAUGGGUACUUGUUCACUGAUAAUAAAGGAGGAAAAUAUCCUGUUGUAGUUGAAUUUUCUCCAUUCCAAGGCGUACCAAAGAAGGGUAGAAAGAAAAAGGAUAUCAAAUGUGGAACUAUCGAUAAAGACCCAGAGUAUUUGGCAUUCUUGGAAAUGUUGGAAAAGGAAGUCGAACCACUUCCGAGUGCUGAAAUUUAUCUUGAGCAAAUGGAAGCAAACAAACAAAAUAUGAAAGAUGCAAAAGUUUCAACACCGCUUAUCGAGUUUAUGAAAAUGAAAAAAAGCAGUGGAAAAUCUCGUAUAUCAUCACAACGUUCAUCUUCGACGAGUUCAAGCGAAAAGAAGAAAAAAGCAAAGGAAUCAAGGGGAGGAAACAAAAACUCAGAAACUCAAAAGUCCGGUGAUGCUGCAAAAAAAGAAAGGGGUGCGGAAUCCAACGACAAAAAAACAAUUUCGUCCAAUCAAAGUGGUGAACACAAAAAUAAGUUGCCAUCGGAGAGCAAGGAUAAAGGACAUAAUGUUGUAAAAGAAAAGCCGUUUAAGAACAGACCUUCCUCUGGUCGUACAUUUAAAGACAGCAAAUCGCAAUCCGAUGGCCAAAGAUCGAACUUCAACUCAUCAAGAAAUUCCAAUCGCCAUCCAAGAAGAGACAAAGGUGUUAAAGAUUGCGACAGCAACAGAGCUGAUUCCAGGUCCUCAAGUACGUCUUCUCAUGUAAAAGGAGAAGAAACAAAAAAGGGGCAGCUGGACGCAAGAGAAAGAGUGAGAAAUAAGGAUCGACCAGCUCAAGCUAUUUACCAGCCUAGAUCACGACCACGUGGGUCAUCUGAUGAACCAACAGGAAGAAAUUCAGGCCGUUCGACCAAUAAAGAGCAGGGUAAGCCACAUCGUGACGUUCCCAGCAGAGAUGAGGAAAGCUCGCAGAGAAAUACAACAAAACGUGAUCGGGAAUUCCGUGAUGAUAACUAUCGACAACCUCGGGAUGCUUAAUGGACCCGUGUCGAUAAGUAUUAAAAAAAAAUUAUCACUGUGCUACGUGUUGUUGAGUAUUGCUAAUUGUACACCAUUGAGAUUGGUUUAUGAAUGAUCGCGUCCUAAAAAAAUUUCUUGCAACAGCCUAGAAAUGAAAUGUUUCUUGACGUUUUUUGCCCACAUCUAUAUAGUUAUUACUUAUUUUAUUUUUUGCCUAUAUGAGCAAAUUUGAAUUUGUUACGUGUGUUCUGGACUUUCGUUUUAAGAACUAAUAAAAUUUCAUUACUAGCUGAA